UGUUGAGGUGAGGAUGAGUUAUUGUGAUCUUCAUAUGUAUUAAUCCAAUACAUAUGAAGCGUAAAUUAAACAGUGUCUUGAUGCUAAGUAAGUUCAUAUGCGGAAACAGAGAUAUGCGGAGGAGUACAAAAUAAUUCAGUGACCGCCCUAACGACCAACGCGCACUUCCUAUGAAGUGUUAAGUCUUUCGAGAAUUGGGCAAGCUAUUGUACUACAAAGCUUGCAGUCUUGAAGUACAAUGAGAUCCACCCGCGGCUUUGAUGAGAAUCGAAACCAGGUCCUCUUGCUCCUACGUUCACUCAAGACAAAAUAAGCGUUCAUGAUAGGAUACUGGAAUGCAUGCAAAGAUUCAUGAGCAGGGAAGAGAUCGUGGAUCAUCUAUGGCUUCAAUAUCAAACCCAACCUGUUUGGACAAACACAGUUUUCGAUAACCUUGAGCGUGAGAAUCCAGAUUACUUCAAAUCCUACUAUGAAUCUCUGUCUUUUGCCCAGCAAUCGUUCAACUCUGAUCAGCUUGGUUCACAAACUAUGGGGACCGCUAAAAUCUUCCAGCAGGGACAAACUGGUGCAUCUUCAUCAUAUCAGCUAACUCCAGAAGCUGGUGAUGCAGUGGAUGCUGGUGGUCAUAACUUGCCUGGUGCAUCAUCAUUUCCACCAGUAGCUGCUAUUUCUAGUGCACCUCUACUGACGCCCCUUUCUCACGCAGUGCAUGCUGGUGCUCAAAACAUACCUGGUGCAUCAUCAUUUCCACCAGAAGCUGCUAUUUCUAAUGCUAUCCCUCUGCAGACUCCCCUUUAUCUCAUGAAUGCUGCUGCUCAAAGCUUUCCUGGUGCAUCCUCAUCAUCACAGCUUCCAGCAGAAGGUAGCAAUGCUGGUGAUGCAGUGAUUGAAAUUCUGAAGCAGAUGUUAGGCAGGUUGGACCAGAUGCUAACAAAGCAAGACCAGAUGCUAACAAAGCAAGACCAGAGUCUCAGUAAGCAAGACCAGAUGCUCAGUAAGCAAGACCAGAUGCUCAAAUUACUGACUGGCAAGAGAGUGAGAACUGAGCAGGACCAAGAUGAAGAAGUUCCAGAUCCAAGAAGGCAGCGAACAUCAGAUUCUCCAACAUUAUAGUUUGUGAUUACAACAAUGAUUGCAUAGACAUGAUGCUUACUCUCAUCGUCUGUUUACAAUUAGCUAAGCAGUUUAAAAACAUUAUCUGUGUUUUCUUGUUGUAGAUCUCUAGAUUUGCAUUGUUAGUCUCAUACCUGGGGCGAGAUAUACAAUGUCACAAGCUAAGAACAUAUAUUCAUUCUUCCAAAUCCCAAUCCA